AAGCAAAUAAUUUUAAUUUGAAAUGAUUUCCCUUUUCUCACAAUGGGUUUAGCUCUUACACAGGAAGAUAAACAGAUCAAAUGCUGUUCAUCACUCUCUACAGAACAAUACAGAGUGCAAAUCUUUGGUGUAUAAAAUUGGAUAUUUGUAGCCAUGAAAUAGUUUAUUUAUAGCUGCUAGAUGAACAGAUACAAACAAAAUAAAUAAAAAAUGUAUUUUCAGUGUUUAAAUGUUAUUAAAUUAAAAUGUAAAAUUAAUCCUCCUUUGUAGCUGUAUAUCAGUUCUUCUGCACCUUCUCUUUUUGAAGCUGUAAAAUGUUACAGGUUUUCUGUGUUGUGAGAAUAACUCUGACUUGGGGGCAGAUAUGAAAGGUAGAUUAGAGCUGCAAUGGGCGUAUUAGUUGGGACUUGGAAAAAAAAUGUUUUGUGAAAAGUAUUGUGCUUUUGUAGAGCUGCCAUGGUGCAUGCACAGCUUCAGGGUGCUUCAAAAAAUAGAAACAGAGUGUUGUAUUUGGGUGGAUAUUUUUGGGAGGCCCUUGGAUAAUACAGGCUGUGCUUGAUCUUUCUCCCACUAUAUUCUUUCCAGGGUUAUAUGAGGACACUGAAAUAAAUCAGCUACUUUCAGCCAACCUCUUAACUCAUUCUAACAGCAACAGAGUCCUCCCACUUCUUCUGUCUAUUCGCUCUAACACUUGGGUUCGACUUUGCUCCUAAACUUCCCAGAUAGUUCUGUCUCCUUCUCUGCAUUGCCUCUGUAUUCCACUCUGUCUGUUUUCUGUGAAUCCUCAGCUCCAGUGUUCUUGAUAUAUAUGAAGCAGCAUGGAACAAGCACAAAACAGGAAUAGCACCAAAGAUCAUGUCCAGAGACACAGAAAAAGUAAGACAAAACACAGUCCUGGGGUUGCCAAUGAAAAUAAUAAUCCAGCUGCACUAAGACAAUUGAAAUGUCAGCUGGAACCCUGCCCUCUAUUGAGUGGAAAUGAUAAAAAAGAUUCUGUUUUGCACAUUUCUGAAGAAGGUGGAAUUGUGAAGAAAGUGGAAAUAGAAGAAAAGAUGUUGAAAAAAAAGCUGAAGGCUCUUCCUGAAAUCCCAGGUUUAAACCUUGAGAAGUCUGCAAAAGAUCUUCAGCGCUGCUCAGUCUCAAUUAGCAGAUAUCGAGAGAUGGUUAAGGAAGAAGUGGAGAUGUCAGUGAGAAACAUCAAGAGUACAUUUGCUGAGUUAUACAAGAGUCUUAUAGACAGAGAAGCUCAGUUGAUGCUAGAAGCAGAGAAGCUUAAAUGUGAAGCGUUGGAAACUUUGCUGGCCAGAGAGCAGAAGGCAGAGGAAUUGAGAAGAUUUACAGAAUUCUCCAGUCAAAGGACAGAUGUACAGAUGGUUGAGCUGAGAUCCCAAAUUAAGAAUCUUGUAAGUGAUCGCAAAUAUGAUGAGGAGCUUCUAAAGACAGCAAGGAUCACGUAUGAUGCAGAGGAACUGAAGAGGCAGAUUCUCACUUGUGGAGAAAUUUCUCAUCCUAAAAACAGUUAUUCUGUAAGGGAAGUAUGCAACCAAGUUAUGUCAUAUGAGGCAGACAGUAUCACUGAUACCAGCCCAAAAACUCAGUGGAAACUUAUGCAGAAACCACCACGCAACAGCAAGAGUUGUGCAGAAAGCACUAAAAUUGCAACUGUCAUUUCCAAAGAGCCUCUGGAUUCUGACAGCCCUUCUGCCUGUAGCACUAAGCAGAGAGGUGGACAUUACCAGCAGAGAAACCCUGCUCCUAAAUUACAGAGGAUAAGAAUGAAAGAGCAGGCCGAGCAUUUAAAGAUGGAAGAAGCAGCUCAGGGCUGUAGCACUAUUUCUUCAAGUGAAAAGAUAAGGGGGCAGCACUACACCCGCAGGAAUAAAUACAGGAGAGGCUUACAGAAUAAUGGGCUGCCUUUGGCUGAGGACAGUACCAAGCACAGGAGGGAUGCAAAACAAGUGGAAAAACAGACACCAUCUCAGAGUGACUCUCACCUGCUAAAUCAUAAUAAUUGAUAUGUUACCUGUCACCCGAUGAUCUCUUUUGUACAGCUGAGCAAUAAAAUCCACAAAAUCUGUUAGCAAAUCCAAA